GCCCCGCGCGCCCCCCGCGUCCAUCCCGGAGCCGCCGCCGCCAUGAAGGACGUGCCGGGCUUCCUGCAGCAGAGCCAGAGCGCGGGGCCCGGCCAGGCCGCCGUGUGGCACCGCCUGGAGGAGCUCUACACCAAGAAGCUAUGGCACCAGCUCACGCUCCAGAUCCUGGACUUCGUGCAGGAUCCCUGCUUCGCUCAGGGCGACGGGCUCAUCAAGCUUUAUGAAAACUUCAUCAGCGAGUUUGAGCACAGGGUAAAUCCUCUGUCUUUGGUGGAAAUCAUUCUCCAUGUGGUCAGACAGAUGACAGAUCCUAAUGUUGCUCUUACGUUUCUGGAAAAGACUCGUGAAAAAGUAAAAAGCAGUGAUGAGGCGGUGAUCCUGUGCAAAACUGCCAUAGGAGCUCUGAAACUGAACAUUGGAGACCUCCAGGUGACCAAGGAAACAAUUGAAGAUGUUGAAGAGAUGCUCAACAACCUUCCAGGUGUGACAUCUGUGCACAGUCGUUUCUAUGACCUCUCCAGCAAGUACUACCAGACGAUUGGAAACCAUGCAUCUUAUUACAAGGAUGCCCUGCGGUUCCUGGGAUGUAUCGAUGUAAAGGACCUGCCAGUGUCUGAGCAGCAGGAGAGAGCCUUCACCUUGGGCCUGGCAGGACUUCUCGGGGAAGGUGUCUACAACUUUGGGGAGUUGCUCAUGCACCCUGUGCUGGACUCCCUGAGGAACACAGACCGGCAGUGGCUGAUUGACACCCUUUAUGCCUUCAACAGUGGUAACGUAGAAAGGUUCCAGACUUUGAAGCCUGCCUGGGGCCAGCAGCCGGAUCUGGCUGCCAAUGAAGUCCUGCUCCUGCAGAAGAUCCAGCUGCUAUGCCUCAUGGAGAUGACCUUCACACGCCCAGCCAACCACCGGCAACUGACCUUUGAAGAGAUCGCCCAGAGUGCCAAGGUGAAGGUGAAUGAGGUGGAGCUGCUGGUGAUGAAGGCCCUUUCAGUGGGUCUGGUGAAAGGCAGCAUCGACGAGGUGGACAAGCGGGUGCACAUGACAUGGGUGCAGCCUCGAGUGCUGGAUUUGCAGCAGAUCAAGGGCAUGAAGGACCGCCUGGAGUUCUGGUGUGCUGAUGUGAAGAGCAUGGAGAUGCUGGUGGAGCACCAGGCCCACGACAUCCUGACCUAGGGGCUCUGGGCUGGCCCAGCUUCUACCCGUGUGGGAGGGAAAGACUUGGCUGCACCCUGUGCUCGUGGUGAUCACUGCUGUCCCCAGAGGGAAGGAGGGGCUCCAAGGGGGGCUCGUCCUCCUAGACGAGAUGGGGGGGCCCUGCCGGCCUCCUUCAGGCUCCCAUCCCUGCCCCCACCCCAAAGGCUCUGGGCCCUCCAGAUAGGGCGUGGUGGUAUUUUUGUCCCCUUGGGUCUGACCUCCUCCUGUACAGGUCUGUGUAUGUGGUGUGGUGCAAGAAUAUCCUUGGAAUAAACAUCUUUGCCUUCCCUC